GAGUAUUGCAGUUUAUAAACCUGCUAGCAAUUUGUACAUGAAGAAGAAAGCAAUUUCCUACGGCGACAGCUCGCCAAAAAAUAACAAAACAUUUCAAGCAGGGGCAACAAAUCUCUGUUGUUUAAACGAGUAUUUGUAAGACUCAAGCUGAUUCAAGAGUUUUUUCCUAUUUUGGCGUUGUGUUAAAUCCCGCUGCCUACCCCUUCUGCCUUCAAAAUGAAGAAAAAGGACUCCCAAAAGAAACGCCAUGUGGUCGCGUGGAUCAACAAAGCGGAAUGGGAUCAAGUACGUGAAUAUCUUUAUUCCAAAGAUUACGCCUUGCAGAAGAUUGCACUGCAUAGAAUAUCGGCGUGGAAAGCAAGGUACGCCAACAGUACUCCAGUGGCAAUGGACUGCACCGCGGAUCUGGUGAGGUGUCAGGUGCUAGACCGUUCCGAAAAGCUGGACUCUCAUGACUUGGCUCUUCUCUAUGGCGCUGCCUUGGUGAGGUUUACCAACUUGAUUACCGAACGCCAGCAAGGAAAAAUUGCCCGCCCGUUAAGGAGACUGGCCGGGAAUUUAAACAUUCCAGAAUGGAUCGUCAAUCUAAGGCAUGACGUCACUCAUCGCAAACUCCCUGCCUUGAAAUGGUGCCGAAAGGGAUGCGAAGUGGUUCUGGAGUGGCUGCAGCAGGAGUAUUGGUCCAGGCAGUUAGGAGGAGUUUCCAGUGCAGACUGGGAGGAACAGACUGAUGGAGAGGAUGAAGAGAUGGACCUGAAAAAGCAUGAAGAUGAGCUGAUUGCGAGGCAAAAGGAACUGGAAGCGUACAAGAAUGCAAGGGAACUUCUAAUCUCAUACGAAAAGGAGCAGUAUAAUGCUUGUGGGAUGCUUGAAGCAAAAGGAAACGACACAUGGCCCGACCCGAUGGCUGAUAUGAACUGGAUAUUAGGUGAGAUCAAACAUUUUUCCAUGGAGUUUGGUGAAUUGCUGAUUGAUGUCCUCUUAGAAGAUGGCUUUCUAAUUCCAACAGCCGAACAGCUGUCAUCAUUAAGUUGUGACACCUCUGACAAUGAGUUCUUUUGUCCUACUGAGCCCAAACUCCCUCCAGUGUUUCUUCGUUUUUGGCUCCCCCUGCUAAAAACACUUAACUCGCAGUCCUUCAUUCAUCUCUUCCUGGAGAAACUUUUUGCCGAACUGAAACUUGCCUCCUGUGAGCAAGGCACACACAGGAUGAUGUUCAUUUCUGGAUGGAUUUCUGAAGUCAUGCUCUGUAACAGUAACAAAAUUGAUUAUCAUUUUGAAACAAAGGCACAGAAGAAAGCCAGAAUGAAGGACAUGAUUUUUGUCAACCGCAUCCAGCUGAGAUGGCAACAAUUGCUGUCAGCCUGCUUGGAUGCUCCAUGUGCCAGCACGCCUCACCUGCUCUACUUAGUCCUGGAGGACAUGGAGCAUCCGCUACCUAUGGAAACCCAGCAGAGGCUGCGGCAGCUCUGCUCCAUCUACACUCAGACAGAACCUUCUGAACCUGACGUGGAGCAGCGACCAAGGCCUAUUUACACACUGGAGAGUUUACAUGAAAAGCUUCAGCGAUCAAAGCGCCAAAGCCAGUCAUCGCAGGUGCAUACGCAGAAGAGGCAAACGGGAGAGGAAAACAAAUGGUCGGAUGCAGAGAUUGAAACGGCAAAAUUGCUCCGAGGGUCUCCGUGGCAGUUGUGCAGCGAUCAAGUUUUGUGGAAGAACUACCCUCUUGGAAAAGUGCCUGGUCAGUCAGAUGAGCCUUCGUGCCUGAUGAUGGAAAAUUACUCAGUAAUGACCGUGUAUGAGCAGCCUGUGGAGUUGGAGAGCGGCGAGCCUCAGGGUGUUUGCCGACCUUCUGCUUCCAUGAGGACAGCUGAUGGUCAUCUUUGGAGCCACACGGACCUCAGCAAGCUUAAAACUGGACUACAACUUUUUUGAGUCUUAUUCAGUGCUAUUAACUAUACAAGCUUGUUGUUAACAGCGCAUUAUUUAGUAGAUAAUACAUCAAGUUCCUUGCAUGUUUUACAUUGCAAUGAUGGAAUAACAAAUGUUCACAAAUUGCUUUUUUUAAUGGAUAAAUCACUGUUAGAAAAAAGCCAUUUCAGAUAUAGCGGAACAGUAUUCCCAAAUGCCAACCUUUUUGAUUGAAGAACAUUGAAUAGUUUUGAAUGGUGUUCUAUGAACUUGUAACAACCAUUAGAAUGAAAAACAUUUUUAUGAUAUGCCCUUUGCGUCAUGGCGGUGUGACAAAGUUGUGUGCAGGAGAAUUUUCUGUCCAUGUGGUCAAUAAAAUUUGUGUUGGCGCAUUUAAAAUGCAUUUGUGA